AUAAUCAAAUCCAACUCGAAGAAUCAGCAGCAAUAUCGGAUUUUCCUUUGAAAAUCGGGUGGGCUCUAUUAAGUAAUCAAAAAUUGGGAAAACGAGGAUCAGGAAAACGGAUAUCAGAAACUAUCAAAAAAUAUUUGGAAGCAUUUUUUGUAGCAGAUGAUCAAAAUAAAAAUAAGCGAAUGACAGGUGCAGAGAUGGUAGAAGAAUUGAAUAAGUUAGUCGCUGAAAGAGAAAUUGAUGAUGAAGAGGUGCUACAA